AAGAUCCAGCAAAACGACGUGCCAAAGCUCUAUGCAGGUUGACAUGAACUCUGUGAACUCUAGUUUGACGCUUGCAUCUGCUUUCUGCGUCUUUCCUCUGGCAAACUUCCCUGCUGCAGAGUAAACUCAGUCCGAUGAAUUCUUCCUCACCGUGUUUGGCAGGAGACCUUCCAACUCCAGACGACGGGGAGCCUCGGCCCGCGGAAACCCUAACAAACAACGAUGGUUCUUUGGGCGAGGACAACUGCGAGCCAUCCACUUCUUCGAAUGCCACCGGACCUGAUCUUAGUUUCAGGAGUUCUGAAGCUUUGGCGAAAGGGAUAUCAUCAAUGCUUGGUUCUUUGAUUAGGGAUUUCGAUUACAGAGCUGAAAACACACUUAAAAGCCAAGACCAGGUAGUUUUCGCUGUCGACAGGCUAACAGGAGAGCUUGAUCGGCUAUUAGAAGAUGCACCUUUGCCAUUCAUCAUGAAGCAUGCAUCCAAAAUUGUUGGCGUUCGUAAGAGAGUUUCCUCAUUGAAUUCACUUUUAAAAUCGAUACAACGGCGUAUAGACAAUAUAGAUCGGAUGCUAUCUGCUGGUGUUUCACAUGAGAAAGUAACCCUAGAAAAUGCAAGACAAAGCCAGCAUUGAAUUGUAAUGCAGGCUUUUCAAUUUGGUGGUACCAUCCAAAGGUGGGCCCUGAUCCUCUAAAUAUCCAACUGUGGCAAGUUACAAAGACUGCGGAACGCAAAUAAUAUAUAUGUAUGCAUGUUAUAAUAUGUGUACUAAAAGGCUACACUUAGCAUAGUUAAGGAAAUGAUUCAUCACCAUGUAUUGAUCCAAAAAAAAAAAGAAAAUAAUUCAUCACCAUAGUUAUGGUUGUAUCUUUCUCUUUUAAUACCCAGAUUGUACUCAGUGGAGGGUUGGCCACCACCACCAUGAAAUUUUAUUAAUUUUGUAGACAAAUCCUAUGGGGUGGCCGGGUGGGGGAGUUAAACAUCUUAUCCCUCUAGAAAAUCUAUAAAUAAGGAUCAUCACCUAAUAAAAUAUAUAUUAUGAAAUGUCUGAUGAUCACUGUAACAGUAAAAGAAAAGAAACAAAUAAUCAAAUCAAAAGGGAUUAUUUCCAUCUUGUACAAGGCAGCCUCAUCUGAGCAUCUCUUAAUGCAGCAACAACCUUAGUAGGCAGUUUGUUGGUACUAAUACAUAUGCAGUUGCAACCUUGAUUACAAACAUUGUUAGCCAAGGCAUCAGCAAUCCUAUGACCUUUUUUUGAAAUUAUGGAUAAGAGUACAUCAGUACAAUCAAUACCCAUCAUGGCCUUAUUAAUUCUCUCCAACAAAUACUAUAGCCUCGAAGGAUGAUUCAGCUCCCUUACCCAUCAUCAGAUUUAUAAAUCACAGAUGAACAUGUAGUGAACAUGCCUUCCAUUCUUCUAUUAUGUUCUUUCAAAAUUUCCCGCAAAAAAAUAAUAGUAGGUAGAAUACCUACUAUCAAACCCCAAUGGUUAUUUCUAUCUUUAGAUAUAACUUUGCCAUCUCCUCACCUUCUACAUUUGAUUCAUUGCUUAUGUUAGAGACCCAGGAUUACUAGCAAAACUAGUCCCAAACUUUAUUUUCCAGAAUACCAUCAAUGAAUAAAUGAUAUGGAAACCAUGAAUCAUUUAUUAUUUUUUUAUUUUUUUUAUUUGUUUUUCCUCUCAAAAAAAAAAAAAGAUUCAUGGUUUCCAUAUCCGGCUCUCUACAACAUACAAACAUUGAGCAAAACUGAACACCCAAAGCUUUGACAUUAGUGUCAACCUGCAGCUUUCUUUUUAAGAAUUCUCCAACCGCCGAAAGAUAUUUCUAGAGGAAUAUAUCUAUUUCAUACCUACUUACAGCCUUUCACACGUUCAAUCUUGUUAUUAUUCUAUCCCAUACUUUUUCUAAUUCAAAACUCUCCCUUUGACUGUUUUUUCCAAACUGCCUUAUUAUCCUUAUUAGAAAGCACUUGGUUGAGCUCCUCAUCAAAUACUCUUUCUCUUACUCCUGAACACAAGGAGGCGUAAGUCUCCUUAAGAGGAGGAAGGGGAGGAGGAAGAAGAGGAGGAAGAAGAGGAAGGAGGAUCUUAUUUUUCUUUAUUUUUAAUAAAAGUCUUUUAUAUUCACAUGAUUCAAUCUUUUCUUCCCUUCA